CUUCAACAAGGGUUGAAAAUUGCAGUUUAUUCAUUUGACAAGUAUCUGCAAUCAGACGCACAUUUAAUUAUUUUGCAGUGCAACAGUCAAUUACGAGAAUGUUCCCAAUUUUAUAUCUGUGUAUUUUUAUUUCCAUUGUGCCAUUUUCCAUUCAAAGAGAUCACGCUCCGGUGAUUCAGAUUUCAACGGGGAAAAUUAAAGGCGAGGAUAAAGAAUCACGUAACGAUAAAAAAUUCUUUGCAUAUAGAGGAAUACCAUAUGCAACUGCAAAACGAUUCGAGCUACCUCAACCACCCACGAAUUGGAGUGACGUGCGCGAUGCUAAAGAAUACGGGAAAAAAUGUAUCCAGUACAGCACUUUUGAGAAAAAAGUGGUUGGUUCAGAGGACUGCCAUUACAUUAAUGUAUUCACUCCACAGACCAGUGAUGGACUAAGCAAAGUGUUGCUUCCAGUGAUGGUUUAUAUUCAUGGCUCAUUUAUGGAUGGUACUGCAGAAAUCUAUCGACCCCACUAUUUUUUAGAUGAAAAUGUGGUUCUCGUCACCUUCGAUUAUAGACUAAAUAUUUUUGGGUUCCUACACAUAGACGAUGACGUAGUUCCAGGAAAUUUAGGAUUAAAGGAUCAGGUUAUGGCCUUGCACUGGGUGCAAGAUAACAUCCGCAAAUUCUCCGGGGACAAAAAUCGAGUAACUCUAUUUGGAGCUGGGGAUGGUGCAUCAUCAGUACACUUGCUCAUGUUAUCACCAAUCACGAAAGGUCUUUUUCGAAAAGCAAUAACCCAGAGUGGUUCAGCUUUAAAAUUAGACGUCAUUCAGAAAAAUCCUAAACAAGCUGCUCAACGUAUUGCUAGACUCAUGGAUUGUGAAAAAGUUUUGAAUGCAACAUUGAUUUCGGACAAUCACUGUAUGUUUGAUAAAUCAACGCUGAUUUUUGAAUGUUUAAAGUUAGUAGAUGCAAAGAAAUUGGCGCAGGUUCAACAGGAGGCUUUUAGGCUCGCCAGGGACCCCCUUACAUUUUUUGGCCCUGUUAUAGAGAAUCCUUCAAAACAAUCCAAAGAAUCUGCAGUGAUUUCUGAACAUCCCUAUUCGAUUAUAUCGUCUGGCAAGCAAAGUCGAAUUCCAUGGAUGACGGGGUUAAAUGCGCAAGAAGGUUUAGUUAUAAGUGGAGUUAUUUCAAGUGACAAGGGACUUGUGGACAAAGUUGACUCCAGCUUCUACACAACUUCUCCAAAGUUAUUACAAUAUGAUCCAUCACGUACCGAUGUAACACACGAGAUUCGAAGAUUCUAUUUGAGCCCAAAUUACGCUACCACCACUGCUUCUGAUGCUAACAUUUCACCGUCAGUAUCAUCCUUACCUUCUUCGGCAACUCUGUAUCCGAAUCUUUAUUCGAAUUUACCAACUUUAAACUCAACCAUUCCUAUUGCUCCACACACACAAAAUGAUGACGAAUUUUACCAUAUACAUUUUGAAGAGCAAUUCCAAGAGUUCACAAACAUGUUUACGGACAGGUUAUACGCCGUGGGGAUGGUUGAUGCCGUCAAAAUGCAAGCUCAAUAUUCUCCUGUGUACAUGUAUUUCAAUAACUACGAAGGACAAUACAGCUUGUUAGAUGUACACACUGGAAAGGCAAAGGAACCAGCACCGGCAAUUAAAAAAGUGAGCAGUUGGUUCAAGAAAAAUAUUUUGGGGAGAACUCCACAAGCACCGAAACAUUUAGGUGUGUGUAAUGGGGACGAGUUGCCUCUUUUGUUCAAGUACCCCGAGCUGAAAAUAAAGGAGAAUACACGAGACUAUCAAAUGUCAAAACAAUUGGUGAAACUUUGGGUGCAAUUCGCCACUGAUGAGACUAAAAUGGUGUUCAACAAUGCUAGUUGGCUUCCCUGCAGUAGCGGCAGCGAUGAUACCCUUCGAGCGAUGCAGUUUGGGCCGACCGAGCAGGAUUCUAGUUUUGGGCCCUUGAGUGACACGUUUAUGACGAGAGUUAAAUUCUGGUCAACCUUGAAGUACUUGGCCCCCUUUACUCAGUAAUCUGACGCUGGAUGGAGUUAUAAAUAUUAGUUUACUCUAGAAUUAUACAUAGUAUUAUUGCAUAUGAAUUAUGACAUUGAUUUAUUAGACAACAGGUUCUCAUGAUGAUGUACACUUUCUCCGGUAAUCGGGAUGUACCAUAUUAGUAACCUACAUACAUAUGUAAAACUGUGAAAGGUGACAGUAAAUAAAGUAUUUCUGUAUCCUGUU